AGAUUGGUAUAUACAUUUGGUUCCUUAUCCGGGAACUACAUCACAGGCUGCCAUUGGGUUUCAGUGUCACGUGGUUGAACUAACUUUACAGGGUCGCGUUAUAGUAGGAGGGCUUUAUGUACCAGAAAAACGACAAAGGUAGAAAAUUUAUUUUUCACUCCAGAAAUUAAUGAUCAUGAGCUCGUAUUUGAUGGACUCUAACUACAUCGAUCCGAAAUUUCCUCCUUGUGAGGAAUAUUCUCAAAAUAGCUACAUUCCUGAAAACAGCCCUGAAUACUACAGCCACACAAGAGGUACUGGCUACCAGCAUCACCACCAAGAGUUGUACCCUUCGCGAGUGACCUACCAGGAGCGCCCGUAUAACUGUGUAAGCAUACCCGAGCCUGAGCCCCAGACCGGGCAUGGCCUCACACAUACAAGGAAUCUACUUGCAGGGAAAGGGCAAGCAGCUCCCCACGAACCCCCACCACCGAUACCCACAUCCCCUACAACCCCACCGACUGCGCCGCCUACAUGUAUUCAAGAUACCCCGGAGCAUCCCACCAGCACAGCUUCUACUAAACAGCCCGUAGUUUACCCAUGGAUGAAGAAAAUCCACGUCAAUACCGUGAAUCCCAAUUACAAUGGACCUGAUGCCAAGCGGUCCAGGACUGCAUAUACACGCCAGCAAGUCUUAGAAUUGGAGAAGGAGUUCCACUAUAACCGCUACCUAACUCGGCGAAGACGAAUUGAGAUUGCUCACACUCUGGUUCUUUCGGAGCGGCAGAUAAAAAUUUGGUUUCAGAACCGCAGGAUGAAGUGGAAAAAAGAUCAUAGGCUUCCCAACACUAAAGUGAGAUCCUCUUCAAACACAACUUCAACCUCUGAUACCAACACAGUUUCAUCAGCCAGCACUCUCCCGCGUGGUGUUGGUAAUACCCUGCCAGCCUCCGAGGAACUCACUCGAGUGCCUGUUGUCGAACGAGAGCAGGAUAUUACACCGUUAUAGACACAAAAUAAUAGACUAUAUAUGAGGGAACACGAUUAAUUAUUUAUAGAGUAUAUCAUUUUUUCUUUUUUAUUGUUCCUCGUGCUGUCAUUAAACUAAACUAUUGUUCUAAGUCCACGGUUAGGCUACACAUGCAUGUGAGCAUGGAUUAUCCUAUAGGCUACUGUGAAAUAUAUUUAAACGGUUAUCAGGGUUUUAAUUUAUUGUGGUGUUGAUUUGGGGGGUUUAGUGGUUUGACUAUGCUAUGAUUUAUCAUAGAUUAAAUUAAAGUAUUCGCCUGUGGCAG